CAGUAACUCUGGGACUUUGAUGUGUCUUACGUUUCUUGUAACUCAAUAUUCACACAUACUUGGAUUCAUUCUUGAAUAGCUUCCUCUGUCAGAUGACUAGCAUGCUGGGAGAUGUUUGUAAUCUGUCCCUCCUCAGCGUCAAACAUACGGAUGGACUGCGGGACUGCGAUCCCUUCAGGAAAAGGGCCAGCUUGCAGAGGUCUUGGAUCCGGGCCCAGGGCUCAGUGGGAUCUGUGUCAAUUGACAGGUCUGAGAAUAGAGCUUGGGAUGACUGGAAUAGUUUCCACAAUGCAGAGUACAGUUACAUGCGGUGUACCUGUAUGUACUUCAAUGCCAUGACACUGGACGCAGAUCUAAGUUGACAGCACAGAGAUGUGAUUUUACAUAAAUCUUCACAGCUGACAUGCUGGUGUAAUAACACUUAUUUUGUCUUGACAGUCAAAUAUGUAUUUGAGUUGAGCAGAAGUAGCACCUAAGUUUAAAUGUAAAGACUGUUACUGUACAAUUAUGUGAAAUAAGUUUUAUUGGCAUAUCCACAAGGCUGAUUGGUCAGGAGAGCAGAGAGGGUGGAGUAUACAACAUGACAUCUUAACUGAGGUAGUAUAAAUAGGAUCCUGUGCCACAUCCUCCUGCGGGCAAAGGGAUGACUGAGAGUAAAGACAACGACUUGCUGCUUGUGGAAGUUUAACUCCAACCAAACAUUGAGGGCACUAUUCCUCAACACUCAAAGGCAGACUACCAGUAUGGAGAUGGCCAGUACAACUGUCCUGCCACUGGUUGGCCUCAGGUCAACGGCCCAGUCAGCAGGACUCGCGGAGAUUGCUGUUAGGCUGUGCUUGAACCAAAGUAAACAACUGUGUCCUCAUGUUUGGGUUCCCAUCCUGAAGCCCCAGCGCCCUUGCAUCCGUCCUCCAGUUUCAGAUCAGCUAUCCGCUGACAUUUUGAGCCAAGCCUUUCUGACCCACCCUCUCCCAUCUUUCUUGGAUGACUUGGAUGAUGAGGUUUCUCUCCCAGUCAAGAACAAACACGUGGUUUUCGCUGACUCGCAGGGGUUGUCUCUAACAGCAGUGCGAGUGUUUUCCGAUGAAGAGGAGCAGUCUGACCUCGACCUACUGCCGUCGCUGCAGGGUUUGGGAAGCAUGACAGAGGAUGGCUACAGCUGCACUGUCAGCACCUGCUGCCCAGGAACGCGGUUAAAACUGGGCUUCCCGCAGCCCUCUGCAGAUUUCCAGGCCUUUCGUGCCAAGCUGUCACAGAGCAUGGUUAUCCUAGAGAACUGCAGUGUCACUGAACAGGCCCUCCAAGGUACCGUCCGAGUCAAGAACAUCAGUUUCCAGAAGGAAGUGCGUGUACGCAUCACCUUUGACUCGUGGCAGAGCUACAGAGAUGUGCCCUGUCUAUACCUGCAGAAACGCUUCGGUGGGCCUCAGACAGACAUCUUUGAAUUUGACAUAACCAUUCCUAAAGUGUUAGAUGCAAAAAGGAAGAUAGAAUUCUGUUUAAGUUAUUUACCAGGAGGGCAGAGCGAGCCUUUUUGGGACAAUAACAACGGAAAGAAUUACAGCAUUACUGUGUGUGUGAGCUCACAUAUCUGUUGCGGGAAGAAGGAUUUUUGUCAUACAUAA